AUGGAACAAAAACGCUCGCUGGAAAUUAAGAAGUAUACGACUACGUCGGGUGCCCCAAGCCCUCGUGCCGGCCCUGCGUGCCGGGCUGCAGCUGCUACCUGUGCGGGCGCGAUUACUGCCCGUACUGCGGCCGGUGUCACAUGCGAUGCCGAAGAUGUUGCAAGAGAUCUUGCAACUGCGGCUGCGGCAAGUGCUGCCGAAGUUGCGGCGCCAGAACGUGCGGUCCCCAAAGCAUCUGUUGCGAUUGCUGCAGCUAUUGCAACGGAAUAUGCUCGAACUGCCGCAGGCAUAGAUGUUGCAAGACAUCUUGCUGCAAGCCGUCAUGUGGCAAACCCUGUUGCAAGCCGGCAUGUUGUAAACCAUGUUGCAAACCAUGUUGCAAGCCGGCAUGUGGCAAGCCGUGUUGCAAACCGACAUGUUGUCACCAGUCAUGUUUCAAAAUACCCUGCUGCUAGGAGCGCGGGCGUGAACUGGCAUGGCCUGCGCCAGGUGGCGUCCGCCCACGCGUCGGGGCGCGCGGAGGGCGAGCGGGCGUGCGGGCGGCGGCGCGUCGCCUCGGCUCCCGCUCGCCGCUUCGCGGACCUCCUGCUCUGCGUCUCCCUCGAUGCGAUGAAUCCAUUUUCCGUACUAUUUCUUGACCCAUCCAUUGAGAGAUUUAUGCUUUUGACUACCAAAUCGGUGCUCUGGUCAAGAUUUCAUUUACAAGCACUUCGCUAUCCACCCUUCCGUUCUGGUUCUGGUCUAUGA